AUGAAGCUUGUGGUAGCCUUGGCGUUGUUUGGGUUGGCCAGUACGGUGGCUGGAGAUGCUGUCGCCACAACUACCGGAUAUUGGUAAGGAGAGGGGCUCAAGACUUUUAUAGCUGGGCCUGGAAGGUUUAUUGGACACAACGACUUUCCGGGUCACUAUGGAUUGCGUUGGUGCGACGUUGCAUGCACGGAAGAGGCUAGGAGAAGGUUUUUUUAGUAGAAAUAGAUAAUAAGAUUACUCGGGUCCUAAGGUAGCCAUAAAAAACGUAUAUGUUUUGGGGUAUUUUACAUGUACUCAAAUCAAUAUUAUCUAGAGAAAAGUUACAGAUCUUCGUUUCUUGCCCUAAGUUUUGGUCUUUUAUAUUUUACGAUCACUCGGGAUAACGAAAACUAACGUUAGUAAUAGCUAAAAUUAGAAAAAAUGGGCAUAUAAGUCUCCGCCGAGCAUCCGUCGACAAUCCAACCCACCAGGCACUUUAAAAAAAUACUAUUAUAGUAAAUAAAUCUUUUCAGUUUCGGCUAGCCACUCUUUAAUUUCUUUCUCCUCAAGUUUAAAAAUCCCUUAAUCCCACCUCCCUUCAAUUCCAGGGACUGCUGCAAGCCCUCGUGCGCGUGGCCAGGAAAGACCAAGCUGAAGACCCGCCCGUCCCUGGCCUGCGACAUCAACGACAAGCCGCUGGAGGACGCGAACGCCUGGUCCGGCUGCGGCGACAAGGGCGUCGCGUACAUGUGCUCCCACGAGCAGCCCGUCGCCGUCAACGACACCCUGUCCUACGGAUUUGCGGCCGUGAAGAUUGCCGGACAAGACGAGAGCGGAUGGUGCUGUGCUUGCUAUGAGCUGACCUUCACCGAGGGCCCGAUUAAGGGAAAGAAAUUCGUGGUUCAAGUGAGUUUGGGGGCUUGGAAAAUUUGGGGAUUUCUUGGUGGGUGAUUUUUGAAUUUUUUUAAAAUUCUGGCUAGAACAUUCCUAUGGGCUGAAAAUACAUUGCUCAAAAUUUUAGCCUUUACUCUCAAAUUACAGCCGAGAUAUUCGACAAUAUUCGAAAAAGUUAAACUUGCCCCUUUUCAGGCGACCAACACCGGCGGCGAUCUCCAAGACAACCACUUCGACAUGGCGAUUCCCGGCUGCGGUGUGGGCUACCUGAACGGCUGCACCGCCCAGUACAACGCACCGAAGGACGGCUGGGGCAAGCGUUACGGCGGCAUCAGCCAGGAGAGCGAAUGCAGCCAGCUGCCAGCCAAACUGCAGCCCGGCUGCAAGUGGCGCUGGGACUGGUAUCUGGGAGCGCAGAUCCCGCACGUCACCUUCAAGCGCGUCAAGUGCCCCAAGGAGAUCACGGACAAGAGUCAGUGCAUUCGCGAGGAUGACGACUCCUUCACCGCCUAA